GAAAAAUGAAAUAUCAAAGCACAACGCUUCCAUCUUAAAACCUCUAUUAAUACCUCUCCCUUUCCUCCUCAUUCUCGGCAAGAAGCUAUACAUACAAUUUUCAGAGAAGAGUGAGCGAAGGAAAAGAGAAUUAAGCAAGGAUUUUGAUAGCUUUGAUCUAACACCACCAUCAUUAUGUGUAAUCCAGACACCACCGCUGCUCUUUUGACUGAGAAACCAGCCGGCCAGAAGCCACAAACUCAGCUCUACAUGCAUCUCUUAUCGCUCCCCUCCACCAUUAAAAACCUGGACAAUCUCAAAACAACUCAAUCUUCACGACCGCAGCCUGAAAUAUUCCCUUCUGUUUCAGACUUAAUUUCCGAAACUAAAUCACUCUUCAAACUCGCCUUCCCUAUAGCUUUAACCUCUCUCAUUCUUUACUCUCGCUCCAUUCUCUCUAUGCUCUUCCUUGGCCAUCUCGGUGACAUUGAGCUUGCCGCUGGCUCUCUUGCUAUUGCCUUCGCUAAUAUCACUGGUUACUCUGUUCUCUCAGGCUUAGCUCUGGGCAUGGAGCCUCUCUGCUCUCAGGCUUUUGGUGCACAACGUACAAAGCUCCUCUCUGUAACCCUUCAUCGUUCUGUGAUUUUCCUUCUAGUUUCGUCACUGCCCAUUUCUCUUCUAUGGCUUAACAUGUCAAAAAUCCUUCUUUAUCUUCACCAAGAUCCCAAAAUCACCCGUCUCUCUCACACUUACUUGCUCUUCUCUCUUCCUGACCUUUUAACAAACGCUUUCAUCCACCCAAUCCGCAUUUACCUUCGCGCUCAAGGUAUUACCCACCCUUUAACUUUAGCGUCUCUCACCGGCACCGUUCUUCAUUUACCUGUUAACCUUCUUCUCGUCAAUCAUUUGAAGCUCGGUGUCUCCGGCGUAGCAACAGCGGCUGCCGCCUCCAACUUCUUCGUGCUUUUGUCUUUAGUUUCUUACGUGUGGUUUUUUGGUUUGCACGAGCCAACGUGGACCAGGCCGAGCCGAGAAUGUUUCACUGGUUGGAAGCCGCUUAUCAAGCUAGCAGCUCCGAGCUGUGUAUCGGUUUGUUUGGAGUGGUGGUGGUACGAGAUCAUGAUCGUUUUGUGUGGGCUUUUAGCCAACCCCAAAUCAGCAGUUGCUUCAAUGGGCAUCCUCAUACAAACGACGUCGUUGCUUUAUGUUUUCCCCAGUUCCCUCGGUUUCGCAGUUUCAACCCGGGUGGGUAACGAACUCGGGGCAAACCGUCCGGACAAGGCCAAAUUAUCCGCUGCAGUGGCGGUGUUAAUAUCAGCCAUAAUGGGCUUAACAGCUUCCACUUUCACAUCGGGGAUGAGAGAAAGGUGGGGCCGGAUGUUCACGAGAGAUGUGGAGAUCCUACGGCUUACAUCUGCUGCAUUGCCGAUCCUAGGACUAUGCGAGCUUGGUAACUGUCCGCAAACAGUAGGGUGUGGGGUCCUGAGAGGAAGUGCACGUCCGUCCAUGGCAGCUAACGUGAACCUCGCCUCAUUCUAUCUAGUGGGGAUGCCAAUGGCCAUUGGGCUCGGAUUUCGGUUAGGUGUUGGGCUUUAUGGGCUUUGGCUUGGGCUGUUAUCGGCCCAAUUGUGUUGUGCUGGGCUCAUGCUCUACGUUGUGGGAACCACUCAUUGGGACUUGGAAGCUAGAAGAGCUCAAAUGCUAACGUGCAUUGGCUGUGAGAAUAAUAGGAAAUUACUAAGUGAUGAAGGUGAGGGCGAAGAAGAGCAUAGAUUAAUUCCCAUAACGGUGAUUUCUCCUUGAUGUCGGUCCUUAAAUAUCUAAAAAUUUAAUUAUUUAUUGCCCCUUUCGAAAUAUUUUGCCGGUUUACUUUGUGAAUUAUUAAUUUUACUUUUGAGUGAAUUUUGUGUAAAUAAUAUUGUGAGAGGAGAAGAAUUUUUGAUUUUAUGCUCCAAACAGGGUAACCGAGAGUAUGUGUCCUGUAAGAGAAAAAAAAAACAAAGAAACAGAACAUUUGGGUCUCCAAUCCAUAAUAACAAGGAUGGCAUUAGCAGCUGGAAGGAAGGAAACAAAAGAAAGGCUAUAAUGCAUGGAAGGAGAAGGCCCUCAGGCUGAGCUCUCAGGACCUGAGAAGAGGAGAAGAAAUGGAAAAGCGUCGGACAUGACAGAAGAAAAAAAAGGAAAAACAAAAGAAGUAUUGUCAGUAACUGUGCAGAGGCGCACGAGGGGAGUUGUCAGUAGCAUUACAUGCAUUGCAUCAUCACGUACACUUUUCAAUUCUCUCUAGACUUUUUUUUUGGAGUGAAGGAGAGAAUUCAUCUCCCCUUCUUUGUGUAAAUCUCCACAUUUCCGAUGGUGAUUUUGCAUCAAUACUCCCAAACACCAACCUCUGUCUUGUGGGUUCCAUCCCUUCAAAUCUAUCUUUCCCUGUAUACAUGUUUUUUUCUCAUUCAAAUCCAUGUUACCCUUUUGAUUUUUUUUGUUUUCUUGAAAGAUAGAAUUCAUUAAUAUAGCCUAAAAGACAAAAUAUUCCUAAUUGUAGCCCCAGGUAAUAGGGCCUAGACAACAAAAGUCCAAGUCACAGACAAAGUUUAUUUAGCCCAAAAACAAAGGCCUCUAGAGUUUACAAUAUAUCCUAGGUAAGAGCAACCCAGCACAAAAUGGAAGAGAGAUGAAGAGUUGCCGCUGGUCCGUAGGGCUAGGGCUAUCAACUGACAGAAGAAGAAGAAGAAGAACAUCUAUUCCUACUAAGAUAACUUUCUGUUUAUUUGGCUUACAGAGAGAUUCAUGCAUGGUUGUACACUAUU